GAAGCACCUUCUCGCAGCGCUCGUCACUUUCGAGCUCGAGAAAUCGCGGAGAACACUCUUCUUCGAAAACGGAAGAUCGAUCGGUUCUUCACCCGGAGCUGAUCUUAGAAGUAUCUCUUUGAUAUUUCGUCACACCUCGAGGAUUUUGGAUGACCGUGGUAUCGGUGAAUCGUGUGACGGUGUUUAACCCGCGCCUGUGUUUGGUGGUGGGUGGUGAAAACUGGCCGCAACACAACACCGUAGGGGAAACGAUUCUCUUAUCUUGAAGUUUCUUCGCGAAGAAAGGAAUUCAUGAGGAUCAUGGCAUCGUACAGAGGCUAUAGCGAUACGGGAUCAUACCGGAGCAGAACCGGCGUCGGCAUUGCCAGCACAUUCGGUAGGAAUGUUUCCGGCGGAAGUAACCUGCCAAGCUGUAGAAGCAGUUAUUCCGGAGUAGGAUCGAGUUCCGCUCGAGUUGCCGCCAAGGAACGCCCGCUUGCUGGGUUUGGAAGCGCUUUUCUCAAAAAGGAUAAAAUGGAUGAGAAAUUCAAAUAUUCAUGUGUCAAAAACGCUGACAAAAGUCGAUUGCAUUCCGGAAGGUCGUCAUCCGAGGACGUAAGGUCGAAGAGCCCGCUAUCAGACAGCAGGUCGUCUCUUUACUCGUUCUCAGCUGGCAAAACAUCGGAAAGGCCGUCCUCCGUGCUAGACAGAUAUAACCGGCCUGCAUCGCGGGAAAAGAGCAGAGAGUCCGAUGGAGUAUCGCGGUACGGAUCCAGCACGUAUCCCGGAUCGAGUUUCGGUCGAAGUUACGGCAACGAUGGCAGGAUCGAGAAGAAGGACCACCCGCCGGUAUCCUAUCGAGGAUUACGUUCCAAUUCCGGAAGAACGUCGCGCGAGCCCAGUCCGGAAGUCAGCGUCGGAAAAACCAAUUCCUUCAGAGUCUAUUCGAGAGCGUCGUCUUACGGUCGCUCAGCUGCUUCGCCCAACACGUCCGAAUCGAGCUCGGCCACAAUCUCGACGAGAUUUGGCUCGACAGCUAGUUCGCGACUUCUCUCAUCGCGAAGCAGCAACGAACGAGUGUCUGCUGCCAUAAGCUACCCGGCGACAGACAGAUUCCGGAACUCGAGCAGUAAAUCUAUCAGCCAGAAGAACGAUGAAGAAUUAAGACUAGCCGGUAAAUUCGACAAGGAUGACAACCGUGAAUCAUCAAAAACUCCUAAUCGAAAUGAAGAAGACGAUAGCACUGACAAUAGAAUUCCUGACGAGUUUGUCACACUAACAAUGGUAACCAGAAGCACCUCGCCAACACCUCCAGCUUCCUCGUCCUACGUAAGGAGCAGACGGGCAGAAAUCGGCAUUGUUUAUCAGAAAGAGGUGACUAGACUUCGAAAACCGCCGGACUCAGCAGACGAAGAGACGCAGUGCGAUCGAGUGGAGGAAACAUCGAGGUUUUCCAGGUACGGCGGUAGCAAUAGAAUAUCCAGCGUACCCUGGUCGGCAUAUCUCGAUAAAUAUUCAUCCGGUGCAACGUCCACAACCGGAAGUUCAUCUAUGUAUUCGAGAGGAUUUUCCAAUACCAGUUCUUCUAGCGGUAGAUCUAAUGGUUUCGCGUACACCAGAACGAACGAAGCAUCGACAAUUGCGAGAAACGAUAUCGCCGCUAAAGAAACGUCGGGUUCUAGUCAAGAUACUCAUAAUUCCGGGAACAGAAGUCAAAGCGAGAAAAUUUACGGCGAUUCAAACUGCGCGAGAACCGACGACGAGAAUUCAACGACGCCCGAUAAUUCGAAGACGUCGUCGAACGGUCAGAGUGCUCACAAAACGAAUGAAGACUUGAAAGAAAGCAAAGUACAAGGUAGCCAACAGUGUUCUUGCGGCGCUCGAAAGAUCGAUAUGAGUGGAAAUUCUCACAGUUCCAUCCGAAAUUCUAUUCAGGACCCCGCUUUACGAAAAGAAGAUUCAACGAUGCAAGAUUCCCGGGAAAAUAAAGAUAGAUACGAUGAAUGUAAUCAAAGAAGACCGUCCAUUCCUCGAUUAGGAUGUAGUUCGCCGAAAAGAGAAAUAACAAUUCCCAAGUGCGCCUCAAAGACUGAACUCGCAUCAUCGAAAUCCGAGGCGCGUUGCGAGAGAAGAGAAUCAACUUCGAAAUCUGGAUCCGAUGCCAGCUUUUCCUCGAAAGUCGAGGAACCUCUUCGGAUUGUGGAAGGACAUUGUCAAGAUCAAGACGAAACAGUUCGCCUUUGUGACGUCUCGCAAAGAAAAGAUUCUUCAUCGAGCUGUUCUUCGCAAAGUCGAUCGACAUCCCGAAGCGCGUCGACGAAAAACUCGCCGCGUCAAAUGACGCGGACCAACUCGUCAGACGGAUCUUCAGUAAGCUUGCCAAUUGGCAGAUCGAAAUCAUCGUCAGCUAGUUCGGUGACGAAUCAGGGUGUAAAAAUAAAAGCGACAACGCCGCCAUCGUCCGGCAAGUUAUCCAGUAAUACGGCACCGUCGUCGUCAGUGAAUCUACGACAAGGCGGUUCGCCGGACGCGCGCGGCAAACCACCUGUGCCGAAGAAUGAUACUACGACCGCCGCCACGUCAAAGUGCAUCGUGGCAGCGAAGUACGUGAACAAGGACUUCCGCAAGUCGACCUUGAACAUGGAGAACGGCGAUCCGUCCCGCUCGAAGUACGCGAGGCGGAAGAAAUGUCAGAGAACCGUCUCGGUUAGCUCGCAAGACUCCGAAACAACGUCCGAACCGAUGAUCCAAGCCGCCUCUUCGGGUUCUUCCACUUCACUGAAGUCUGGUCGAUCGAGGUUAAGGACUGCUUCGGGAGGAGCGAAAACGACGAUCAAUAGAACCGACUCGAACGGUUCGGUGAGGUGGGACGAAUCGAGAUGCGGCUCAAAGUCACCUUGCGGAAGGAAGAAGAGGCCGUCUGGAGCGUUCAGUUCCAGCAACAGCAGUCAGUCGACUGACUCCUCCAGCAGCGAGAACGACGGCGAACGCAAAAUGAACAGACCGGGUUCGAGACGGAGAAGAAGACAAACGUCAGAGUCGCCCACGCGCGAGACGAGAGGUAAAAUCAGCGCGGGAUCAUCGAGAACGAGCGUGCUAGCGUCGUCGGCGGACGAGAUAUCUAUGGCGACGGAAAAACCGCCCAGGCCACCUUCCAGUCCGCGAUCGAAGAGCGAUCGUUCCCCAAAGACCGAAGAAGCGAAAUCCUUUCUGAUGAGAGCGCUCGCGCCAGUGACGAAUUUUUUUAAAAAGAGCCAGGACUCUACCGAUACUAAUAAAUCAGGUGGCGGUUGGGGUGACUCUAACGACGAGAACUAUGAAGUCAGCAACAAGUCGGGUCAACCGUUGUCUCCGAAAUCAAUUGGUCAGAAUCUGUCGAAAGGUCACAGUUUUACCAAUUCCGAGAGAAGCGACGAAAUUAGAGAAAGCAAUAAGAGGAUUCAGCAUCAAUCGUCCGGAGAAAAGCCGUGGUGGUUGGAUCCGAAUUCCGAUAACGUUCCGGAAGGGAUUGAACGAGUUAGUCCGUGGAAUGAAGAUGUCAGUCAAGAUACGACAAUCAGCACCGUCUUGCCGGAUGAUGGGAAAUACAAACUCAAAGUUUGGCGUCAAGAGUCGGGGGAACGCGGUUGGUGGUUAGACGAGGUCUCAACGGAGGAGCUGAAGAAGUCGUCCUCGUCGGCGUCUCCGCUCUCGAGACGUGGAUCCAACCGGGGCAGUUUUCGGUCAGCGGAUCGACGAAAUCGCAUCAGGCAUCAACAAUCCGGCGAACGAGCGUGGUGGAUGAGCGACGACCCCGAGAACAUUCCGGAGGGCAUCGAAGUCAUCCCCGUCGUGGCGUCUCCCGACAUCAGGCACGUCGACAAAUCUGAUGGCUUCGUCGAUAACGAGAGCUUCGACUCGUCGAAGCCGCUUAAGAAAAUCCGGCAUAUCGAAUCCGGAGAGAAGGCGUGGUGGAUGGACAGCUCGUCGAACGUUCCUGACGGCGUCGUCAGAAUCCCCGCGGAAACUUCGAACAGCACUUCCGAUUCCUCCGAGUCGUACGAGAAGAUCGAUAUUGGCGUUAACCCCGAACCCGAGACGGGUUCCAAGAGGAGCCUCUCCAGAUUCCCCAUUGAAUUCCCGCCACCGCCACCCGAGGAGCCGUUGGGGGAUCGCGCGAGUCCGGAAGGGGUUGAGAAUCCACCUGAUCCGCCGGAUAAUUACGGCGGACGAGACUCGCCUUACGACAAUGUACAACCGACACCCCGAAGAUUGUCACCAAGGAAACGACCCUCCACUCUGCCGUUGUUCAUCGGCGAACACACCGACAUCGAUGACGUGAUCGGCGAUACGGCCUCUCUGUGCCGCAGCCCUGUUCUCUUCCGUGUUCGUAAACAGGAACGCGUCGAAGAGGAUUCUUCCGAAAACAGCUCGGAGUGCGAAGAAAUAGACGCGACGCAGGUGAUUAUUCACGACAGCACGCCGAAAACACCGGUGAUUCAACGAAGAAAUCGAGAUAACGAGAGGAUUCAACCAAAUGGCUACAUUCCGCCGACAGAUCGAAUCGAAAUAAAUCGACAAACCGGUUCGCGCGUCGCGUGAGUGCGCCACAACGUGUGCGCACACGAUCGUCGUGUGCACG